CAGCGCCAGCGCCAGUGCCAGCGCCAGUCCCAGCGCCAGCGCCAGUCCCAGCGCCAGCGAGGCAGCCGAGCAGAUGCUGCGCAGCUCGGGCGGCGGCAAGACACUAACACGCCGGCAGGUGCUGGACGGCAACCAGCUGGAGAAGCUGUGCGUGACGCUGGGGCGGCCCCCCCCUCCCGGUCUCAACCCGCAGCUGCCGCCGGGAUACCACCUCGUGUACUUCACGCCGUCGGAGCCCGAGGCCGCGCUGGGCCGUGACGGGUCCGACCGCGCCUUCAACGCGCCCGCGCCCUUCACGCGGCGCAUGUGGGCCGGCGGCCGCAUGCGGUGGCCGUCGCUUGACGGGCGUCUGCGCGUGGGUGAUCUGGUCGAGGAGCGCACACGGCUGCUGGGCGCGACGGCCAAGCGGAGCCGCCGCGCCGACGGCAGCGACAUGGUGCUGGUCGACGUGGAGAAGGAGUUUUGGACUGAGCGGGGGCUGGCUGUGGUUGACCAGAGGUCCUGGAUAUUCCGCAGGGAGAUCCCACCAGAACCCACAUCUCCAUCUUCACCACCACCACCACCACCACCCAGACCCCUCCCUUCACACACACACAUAUCACCACUCCUAACCACCAAAUCCUCAUCACACGACGUAGCCGCUGCCCCUGAUAACACCACCACCACCACCACCACCACCACCACCACCGCCACCACCAACGCCAACAAAUUCCCAUCCCGGCACCUAGUCUGGUCCGACACAGGCCUAUUCCGCUUCUCAGCACUAACUUUCAACGCGCACAAGAUCCACCACAGCGGCUCGUGGGCGCGCGACGUCGAGGGACACGCGGGAAAGGGCGUCGUAGUGCACGGGCCGCUGAACCUAGUGUGCAUGAUGGACUACUGGAGGGACAUCCACAGCCACGGGAACGACGGGAUGAUGUGUGCGAGCGAGGUCAGCUACCGGGCGGUGGCGCCGCUGUACGCGGGCGAGGCGUACCGGAUCGUUACUGCGUCCGUGCAGGACCGGGCGUACGAGCUGCGAGUUGAGAGGGACGGGGUGGUGUGCAUGACGGGCCGGGUGCUUGCGCGCCCUGCAAGCGCGUGUUGAUGGUGCAGGUAGGUCUAUCUACUCGGUGCGGCACUACUGGAGCAUGCCACUGCGCAUGGCACAAGG